AUGGCAAGCCGCCCGAGCGCCAUGAAAGUAGCGGCUGCUGGGUGCGGCGGAGCUUUGGUUUGGACCAUUGCCCCCGACAGCAAAAGCAAUGGUUUCGCUGUGAUGCGGGGGGCGGAGACGAUGGCUGAUCGCACGCUCCCGACGACGCAGACCCGCCACUCUCGGCCGGCAGCACAAGGAGGCGCCCUCACGCCAGUGGCCUGCACUUUGGUUGGUGGCGUCAUGGUGGGCGCAGCGACGAGGCGCUCUCGGCGCUCCGUGGCCCGCCACGCCGAAGGUCCCCUGCUGACGCUGGGCACACGAGGCUCACCACUGGCCUUGGCCCAGGCCUACGAAGCCAAGCGGCGUCUGGGGGAGGCCUUUGAGGAACUGGCUCCAGAUGAGGCAGUGGAGGUGCGGAUCAUCUCAACGACCGGGGACCAGCGCCUGGAGAUUUCCUUGGCAGAGAUCGGCGGCAAGGGUCUCUUCACACGCGAGCUGGACGUCGCGCUCGCCUCGAAGGAGGUCGACUUCUGUGUGCACUCCACCAAGGAUGUUCCCACCGAGCUGAUUCCGGACACAGAGCUUUGCACAAUGCUUCCCAGAGAGGACACCAGGGAUGUGCUGAUCAGUGGCGAUCCGGCUAUCACGAGCAUUGAGGAGUUUCCGGAUGGCAGUCUAAUUGGCACCGCUUCACUUCGACGACAAGCUCAGAUCUAUAGCAAAAAUCCAAACGUGAAGUGUGUAAACUUCCGGGGCAAUGUGCAGACGAGGCUGCGAAAGUUGCAGGGCGGAGACGUUAAAGGCACAUUCCUGGCGUAUGCUGGCCUCAAGCGGAUGAGCAUGGAGGAGCAUGCCACCAAAAUCCUUGAGUGGGAUGAGAUGCUACCCGCCAUUGCACAAGGUGCAAUCAGCUUCCAGUGCCGCUCAGACGACGACCGGGUCCUCAACUACCUGAAGCCAUUGUCUCAUGCAGACACGUUCCAGGCUGUCACUUGCGAGCGAGCAUUCCUGGCGGCAUUGGAUGGCAACUGCAAGACUCCGAUUGCAGGUCAGGCGAGGGUAAUCGACGGGCAGCUGGUGCUGAAAGGUCUCGUAGCAUCGCCGGACGGGCAGACCAUCUACCGUGUCGAGCGUGAAGGAGCAGUGUCUGAGGCUGUUGCGAUUGGCACGGAUGCUGGGGCAGAAAUCCGAAAAGAGGCCGGCGAGGAGUUCUUCCAGAAGAUGCAGGAUUACGUGCAGGAAGUUGCUGCUGCUAACACGAAGCCUACCCGUGCCUGA